AUUUUUUUUGGCGCGAGCGGAGUGAGUUUGUUUUUCGUUUGUCUCUCUCAGCUCCUCUCUCCAAAAUGAUGGCCCAGCAAGUGAACUCUCCUCUGCUGAAGAGACCGCGGGCAGACAGAGGUGCCGAGGAGGAGCCGGAUUCAUCUGAAGGGUUCACAUUCAGCCAGGAACCUACUUUGGACCAAAUCCGAGCCAUGCAGAACCAGUUUGCCCGGGAGCGAGACUGGGACCAGUUCCACUCACCGCGAAACCUCCUACUGGCCAUGGUAGGAGAAGUUGGAGAGGUCGCUGAGUUAUUUCAGUGGAGAGGGGAGGUGAAGGAAGGACUGCCAGACUGGUCUGAGAAGGAUAAGAAGCACCUGUCCCAGGAGCUGAGCGAUGUCCUGAUCUACCUGGUGAGGCUGGCCGAGAAGUGUCAGGUGGACCUGCCUGCCGCUACUGUGGAGAAGAUCAAGCUGAACAAGCAGAAGUACCCGGCACACCAGGUCUACGGCUCCAGCAAGAAGUACACAGAGUACGCUACGCCCGAGAAAAACAGCUCGUGAUAUGGUGGUCAAUAGGGGAGGGGGGCAAGAGUUGGACAGCAGCAUCGGUUAGAUGUACAUGGAGUAUGUCACACCUGAGAAAAACACCUUGUGAUACAGUGAAGUGAUGAACACCUGAGAAAAGUGCGAACAACUCACAACACCUAAGAGAAACACAAACAACACCUGAGAGAAGCACAAACAACUCAAAACACCUGAGAAAAGCACAAACAACUCACCACACCUGAGAAAAACAGCUGUCUUUAGAGUCAAGUGGUAAAAGCAAUCAUCCUGCAUGACAGAACCUAUUUUUAUCAAGAUUGGAUCAAGCAGUCAACAGCUGUGGAGAUACAUGUAGACUCUGUCCCGCUUUACGCAUCUGUAGUCGACUCAGAAAACAUGCAUGUAAUUGUAAACUUACCUUUGUUCUGCCAGCUCUAAGUGAUUCAUAAGACAUACAGGUGAAAAAGACAGGUGUGUAACAGGUGUUAAAGGGGACGCUGAGAGAUGACAGGAGAGGAAAAGAUUAACAUCAUUUUUAUAGCACAGCUGCAGUGGAAUUGGGAACAGUUAUAGCGGGUGUUAUAUGACAUUAGGUGGGAUUUAUGUGUUAUACCUGUAAAUGUGAGCCUCUGUAUUUUAUAUCAGUGCCGCAAUAUGUCUGUUCUAAGGGGUAGUCUUGAAGAGAUGUACAAAAUGUAGAGGUAGCAGGACUUACAUGUGUAUCUGUAAGUAUGAUGGUGCCUUAGUGAACAGUUAAACAUGUUCUGUACAGUCAGUCUUAAUUCGAGACUCCAUUUUCAACAUCACAACUUAUGAUCAUGGUACUUGAAGUUUAAACAUGAAGAAAAUGUGUAAGACAUCACAAAAUGUCCCUGCUGUAAAAUUAGAUCUUGCAUAAGCAACUCCCAAUCCGUUUCUAACCCAGUUGCAGCUUCUUGCCAACUAUUUGAAGCAAUGACAUAAGCACACAGCGCACAAAAACUAAAUACUUGCAAAGGCACUUUUCAGCCAGCCUUUUUAGUUUCACAGCCACAGGAGAAACCAUGCAUUACAACUUGUUAAAAAAUCAGAAAACUCAUUUUAGCUUAUUACCCCAUGUUGUUGAUUGUAGCAUUUUAGUUAGCAACAAACGUAGCUUUAAGAAAUGUUAUAUGUACACUGGUUUGUUUCAAUGUGUAGUAUCUUAGUAGUUUUAUGUAGCAACUUUUUGAAAAAAGUUUUAAUUCGUGUUUUUAGUUUUGUAGCCUGGGUUCCAUCCUAUGGUUUACUGGGGCUCCCCACACUCACUCCCUCAUAGAUAGGAGACAGUAUGGUAGCCCCAAGUAGAUAGAAUGGCACCCAGACUAACAGUUUCAUGUAUAAUACAGGAUUUUAUUUGCAAUAUUGAGAUCUGAAGUAUUGUAGACCAUCUAUAGAGGACAUGGGUUGGUGUUAAUGAUCUUUGUAAAUAGAUUGCAACAUCUUUGGAUAAAGAACUGUAUGUA